GAACUCCUCUUUACAUCAUCUGUCAUCACAUCAAAGCCAGAGAUGACUAUGAAUAAUAAUAAUAAUAAUAAUAAUCUUGGUGAACAAGAACAACAACAGCAACAACAACAACAUUUGGAUCGUGGGGUUUUAUAUAUGCAAACAGCCGCUGCUGAGGCUCUUCGAAAUAUGGUGGUGAACAGCGUUGAGGAUGCCGUUGUAGACAUGUUGGCAUCUACCAGCUUUCCCAUCCGUCCUUCACAAGAGGAACAACAACAACAGCAACAACAAGAGGGAUUUGUCUUUCGUGAUGGAUUGGUGACUCUUCUACUAAGUAUAUGGGAUAUUGUACAAGGGACACGACAGCAAACCCCGUCAGUGAUGCCAAUUGUGGAUUCUGCAGAAACUGCAGAUAAGGAUGAAGAAAUACAUGAGAAUGAUACAAACCGAAAGGUGAAUAGUGCCCCAUUUAUGGCUGCAUCCCGUACUUUAGAGGAAAUUCUUCAACUUAUCGUUGUAUGUGUGGAGGGUAGUGAACAUAUUGCGGAGGCCUUUUCUACACCGUUGGUUGUAAAGACAUUACUUUCCAUGUUGGAAGUAACAACGGGUAUUGUUUGGGAAGCCUUACAGCACCCAGCACAAUUGUAUGUUCCUGCUGCUCCUACAAACGACACGGAUAAUAAUAAUAAUAAUAAUAAUAAUAACAGGGGUCAUAUCCUUUUUCUACGUCAUUAUAAGCGCCGUGAAGCGGAGGCGUUAGCGGGAGUGGCAGUUGCAGCCAGUGAAGUCCUGCAUGUAUUAAGUGGAGAAAAUGAUGCACUUUCAUCUCUUUUACAAUCUGCAGAAAUGAUGGCACCUCAUCAAACAUUUCUUACAGAUGCCCUGGAUGCACCAAGAAUUAUGAAUUGGUUACGUGAAGAAGUUGUCCCUUCUUCUUCUUCUUCUAUGAAUAUUAUUAAUACUACCACUAUUAUUAAUGGUGAUGAGGGUAAUAAUAGUAAUAACAAUAAUAGUGGUACUACUGAGGAAGAUCCCACACUGUUAUCGGUGGGGCGCCAAAAUAUUCUCUAUCAUCUCUGUGAACUUUCAUUACAUGUACAAGGCACACUUGUAAAUGCCGUUGCUAAUAUCGCAAAUGCCAGUCGUGUCUUGCCACUCACUGUUGCGGUAUUAGAUGCCCAUCCACCCCAUAGUGAAUGGCGCCGUACCGUACCAUUAUUACUACAAACAUGUCCAUUACCGGAAGAAUCUCGUGUGGCUUGUGUAACCCGUGCGGUGCGACGACUACGUUGUGAUCAGGCAGCGGCACAUGUUUUGCAUGCGGUGGUGGAUAUUGUUUGCAGUGGAAAUGCAGCGGAUUUGGAUGAUGAGAGGGCAUUUCAACAAAACCCACAGUCAAGUCUUUUAUACAGCUCAAAUGCCAUGUACGUGGUGGGUAAACUAAUGAAGGAUGCGCUGCGACUAACCACACACACAGGUGGUAACACACAUAAUGAUGUUAGCAACCAUACUAAUAAUACUAAUAAUAGUAAUGGUGGAGUUACACCUCUCGUCUCUUCUGAUGUUGUGGAAAGUGAAGAGGACAUUAUGGUGGAGCGGGCGUUGCGUUCGGCGGCUGGUACUUCUGGUACAGGUGGUCUCAUCACAAAACUGCAGCUUCUGGUUUUAUCUAAUGAAGUGGCUGUAUGGAGUCUUGCCAACACACUGUUAUUAAUGGUUCCAUGGUCAGGUCUUGGUGAGGAACCAUCACACAUUUGGCGUGCCAUUAUUCAUGCCGUCAAUGUACGUUCAAAACUUCUUGCAGAUGCGGCAGCAGAGGCAUCUGUAGUAGAUAUGAAUUCAGAGGAAAGUAAUAAUAAUAAUAAUGGUUCAGGGGCGAAAGUAACGGCAUUGGUUUCAUCUCCUUCAGCAAUGCAUUUACUCUGGCUUCAGUUGGAAUCUCUUGUACAGAUGUUGUGGACGAUGCAACGCAAACAAACCGCCAAUGCCGGUGGGGCACUACAAACAACCAAUCAAUUAGGAACAUGUGCAAGUGAUGUGGAUGUGAUCACACGACUAGCGUGGGAACCACGUGCCACACCAUUGCAACGACAAGCCUGUGUUGGUACAGUCUGUGCGAUGUGUGGUUCAUUCCAUACAGCCGAGGCCACAGCCGUGGCCACUCGCUUUGCAUUGGCUAUACUGCAAGUGGAUGAAAACACACAAUCCGCCACAACUGCACUCACUAAUAAUAAUAAUAAUAAUAAUAAUAAUAAUAAUAAUGGUGGUACUAUGGCCGCACCGCCAGCAGGACCUCGUGAACGUCGACAAUGGAUGGCGAAGUUCACCGCCGUAGAUGCCCAGUGGCGUGUGCGAUGUGAGGCGGCUAACCACAUCAUGGAUCUCUUCCUUGAUGAGACAUAUGAUGAGAAUGUGUACAUUCCACUCCACGUGCAUGCCGCACUACAGUCCUUCCUUACACUCUUUAAAGCAUAUCAGAAGCGGCGGCAGCAGUUAACACGAGAGGCACAACGUAAUUACCGCAUUGUGCUGCCAGAAGUAGAGGAUGCAGCACACUGGUGUGAGGUGACGGAAAACCUCGCGGCGUUUUUGGAUUACAAGAGAGAAAAUAUUGGAGCACAGCGCCUUGCCAUGCCAUAA